CAAUUUCAUAAAUCGUGAUGAUAACCAUGUGUCGCCUACAUUUCCCUGCAAAAUACUAGCCGCGAAGUUGAUGACGACUAAACACCGCUGGCUCACAGCCCUUGUGAGGGAUGUUGAAUACUAUUCAAUUCAAACCAAAACGGGAAAUUUGGUUGGCUGACAGUUGUGCCCGAACUUUGUUGUUACUAGACUUCAAGACUUUAGCCAAACAUAAGUCAUCCAGUGUCGGGUCUCGCGGCGUCCUAAAACCCCAACCUCACUUUCCUGAUCGGGCCCGUUGCGCGCGGAGUCGAUCGAGCUUCGCGCAAUCGGUGGUGGUCCGCAGUUCAACCAAUCGAAUACUAGUUCCUGAGAUCGGCGCAUCAUUGCCACGGUUCCCAAGUCCCGGCACAAGACCAAAUGGUAGCACCUCCACCAGCUCUAACAUCACAGUUCAGAUUGGAUUGGAUUGGAACCUCAGGUGCACUUUGAAACCUAAGUAUUGGAUCCUUUAUCCACGGUCCCGGGAGUCACAACAGUUCCCGCAGGGAUGGGCGCUUAUAACGGGCAUCCAUAUCCUCCCGGUCCAAAGGAAGGACGGCUUGUUUUGAGGCACAAUCAUCUCGUUCUCAAGUCAAUGAUCCCCGCCGUUUAUUUCGACCUCUCCGACUCACCUGGCGGCUUCUUGGACGCAAGCACACUUAACUAUCCUUCUUCCCGCACGUACACAGUUUAAGGGUUUCGAUGUGGUAUUCAAUCCCUCAAGCACCAAUGCCUGCCUCGACCCCGAAGGUUCCUAGAAAACGUCAGGACUU